GUACAGGUAGAACUUGCCCUGUGGGAUACCGCGGGCCAAGAGGAUUACGACCGCCUGAGACCCCUCUCUUACCCUGACACAGAUGUCAUCCUCAUGUGCUUUUCCAUUGACAGCCCCGACAGUUUAGAAAAUAUCCCUGAGAAGUGGACUCCGGAGGUGAAGCACUUCUGUCCCAACGUGCCUAUCAUUCUGGUGGGGAACAAGAAGGAUCUGCGUAACGACGAGCACACGCGCCGGGAGCUGGCCAAGAUGAAGCAG